AUGGAAGGAAAAGAUACUGAUCAGCACCGCUACAUGCGCGUCGUUGUGUACGCAGCAUGCUCUGUUGCUAUUGUUUCCGUUUUCUCGGCAAUUCUUGUUGUGCCAAUGCUUUUCACCUCUGUUCAAACUCUUCAACAAGAAAUUAUCUAUGAAACCAACUUCUGCAAGGUCCGUUCUCGUGAUAUGCUGAGAGACCUUUACCACACUCAAGGACAAAACCGUGUCAAGAGAGGAUGGCUUUUCGGACAAUGGAUCCCAGACAGUGGUACCGGAGGAGGAGCUGGAAACGGAGAGCAAUACGGAGCUCCAGCCACUGAACAACCAUACAAUGCACCAGCUCCGUCUCCAUCUCACGGAGGAUACGACCAGCCAUCCAACAACGGAUACGGACCAGUUGUCAAUGCUGAGCCAGCUCCACAAUGCUGCACUUGCCAACAAGGAAAGGCCGGACCACCAGGACCACCAGGAGAUGAUGGACACGACGGAAAAGACGGAUCAGCUGGAAACGAUGCUCGCAACGGAAAGGACGGAGGUGUCGCUCCAUCUGAUGGACUCCAAAGCGGGCCAUGCAUGAUCUGCCCACCAGGACCACAAGGCCUUAUGGGACCAGCCGGAAAGAAGGGACCAGCUGGACCAAGAGGAUCCCCAGGACUUGCUGGAAUCGACGGAAGACGCGGAGAGCCAGGAAUGGUCGGACCAACCGGGCUUCAAGGAGAGCCAGGACCAAUCGGACCACCAGGAAAGAGAGGAGAGGACGGACGUGUCAUUGAUAUCAACGGACCACAAGGAGCCCCAGGAGCACCAGGAGCACAAGGACGCAAGGGAGAAGCUGGACCAAAGGGACGUCGUGGAAACACUAUUCCAGGACCACAAGGACCAAACGGAGACGCCGGAAGAAAGGGACGCCCAGGACACAAGGGAGAGGCCGGACCUCAAGGAGGACUCGGAUCCAAGGGACCAAAUGGAGACUGCUUCCACUGCCCAACCCCAAGAACCCCACCAGGAUAUUAA